CACAGCUGCCAUCGGUCUGUUCAGGAGUAUCACGCAUAAGCAAUAUGUGUUGGCCAUCUCCCCCUCCGUGUGUUGCCUUGCUUUUGUCUCUCUUUCUGCCAGUGCAGUCAUAGUCACUCGUUCUUCGAUACUUUCAUGUCUCUAUCGUAUAUAUAAUAUCUAUUAACUAUGAAGCCCCCCUACUCUACGAUCCUCACGGUCCUCACAUGGAUUGCGGUCUUUUCGAGCGAUGGGGCAGCUCAACCGACAUGGCCGUCUUCAAUUGACGAGCUGGAAGAUGUUAUGUUUCUUGGGUCGGGUUACAGAAGUAGAGGCUUUCACUCAUUUGUAACGCCAUGUUCUGCCUCCCCCGAUGGGCCUGGGCGUCAAACUGCCGCCGAAUGGCUUCGAGCGGGGUUCCAUGAUAUGGCAACGACAGACAUUUACUAUGCGAACAAAGGCAUUGUGCAUGGAGGAAUCGACGCGUCUCUGGCUUUCGAACUGAACGAUGGGGAAGACAUUGGCGCAGGAUUUAACAGCACCUUGCUCGUAUACGCCAACUUCUUCAACUCUCGAUUACCUGUGGCUGAUUUGAUUGCUUUGGGAGUCUACGCAUCUGUACGUGCAUGCAGCGGGCCUGUUAUACCCAUGCGAGGUGGAAGGAUAGACGCCACCGCUGCAGGCCCGUUGGGAGUUCCACAGCCACAGAAUGGAAUAGGGCAGUUUACGAACCAGUUCGCCAGGAUGGGUUUUAAUGUGACCGAUAUGAUAGCGAUGACGGCUUGCGGACAUACACUCGGCGGAGUUCAUGCUGAAGAUUUCACCAACAUUGUGGCACCGGGAACCGCACCGAACGAUUUCCAACUUUUCGAUGACACAUUAGAGUUUGAUAAUAAUAUUGCUACACGAUACAUCAAUGGUCCUGAUACCGAUGCAUUGUCUAUUGGCAUAUCAACUGCUUCAGGAAGGAACUCUGAUUUUCAGGUGUUCAGCGCUGACAAUAAUGCCACAUUGCAAGCAAUGACCGUUCCAGCAGUAUUCAACAGCAUGUGCAUAUCUAUUCUGCAGAGAAUGAUUGAGACAGUACCACCAACUGUUACGCUUUCAGCUGUGAUUGAACCAUAUGAGGUCAAGCCAGCUGGAUUGCAACUUACAUUGCUUUCAGGAGGUACCCAGCUUACUUUUUCGGGUGACAUCCGAGUUAGGACCACUGUUCGCAGUGCUGCACAAAUUUCCAGUGUGCAACUUUUGUACACGGACCGCAAUGGUGCCAGUGUCUCAACUCCAAUUGAUACUGUAGUGGCAGGGACGGCCAGUGGAUUCGACGAUAGCUUCUCAUUCUAUUCCUUUAGCGUGGAUCUUCCUGUAACCACCUCGAUUUCCUCUUUUACGGUGCUUAUCACCGGCACCGAUGGUACAACUGAGACAUACGACAAUAAUGGUGGUGGUUUUCCCAUCUCCGAUUCGGUCAUUGUUCAAACUCCCCAAAGCUGUGUGAACAAUGGUGAUUUGACUGUGGUGGCUGCUGUCCGAAGUAGUGUUACAACUCCAGUAAACAUGACCGUUACCGAGAAAGUUCCUAGGAAGGCCGGAUCGCCCACGCCGUCUCCUGUGCCUUCCCUGGUCUCUACAACCUUGGAUAUGGUACAAGGAGAUACCAUUGGCCCUUAUAACAUCUACAGUGCUAGUUACUCCAUUGCCUCUGUUGCAGGAACCAAGUAUGGUGUUGCAAGUGGCUCAUUUUCCGACACAUUCAAAGACGCUUCAGAUCUUGGAACUACCUGCGGAUCCCUUAAUGUCAGUGAACCUAGCAGCACCUCCAGCUCCAUUGUUUCAACCAGCAGCACAUCUGUUUCUUCCAGCCCCAUUGUUUCAACUAGCAGCACACCUGUCUCUUCCAGCCCCAUUGUUCCAAUCAGUAGCACACCUACAAUUGGAGCCUACUCCUUUCAGGGAUGUUACACAGAAGCAGAUAGCACACGUGCCCUCACUGGAGCCUCGUUCUUCAACUACACCGGAAUGACACUUGAACAAUGCGCGACCGAGUGCGUUGGGUUUUCGUACUGGGGUGUUGAGUAUGGCGGAGAAUGCUAUUGCGGCAACUCCCUAAACACAGGGUCUGUUUUGGCAACUAACCAAGGAGACUGCAGCUUCGUAUGCCCAGGAAACAGUUAUGAAUACUGUGGAGCUGGGAACAGGCUUGAGAUGUACCUGCUCUCAUCUCUUGCUUCGAGUCCCAGCAGCAUUUCGUCAACCGGGACUACUCAGACACUCCACAUAGUCCCGUCGGCUGGUCUCUACAACUAUUAUGGUUGCUACACCGAAGGCGACGGGGAUCGGGCCUUAGGUGCUGCAUUUUACCCGAGCGACACCAACACAAUCGAAGAUUGCGUUGCCGCCUGCUCGCCUUACUUGUACGCUGGUGCUGAGUAUGGACGAGAAUGUUGGUGUGGUAACUCUUUCGGAGCUGGCUCCGCUCCAGCUCCAGAUUCCGACUGCUCCAUGGUCUGUACUGGCAACCAGUAUGAGUAUUGUGGAGCUGGGAAUCGGUUGAGUGUGUACAUAAUGAAUGGCACCUUUGCAGGAGGCUCUGCCGGCUCGAUACCAGCAUCCUCGUCUCAGAUAUCUUCAAUACCAAGCUCGCCCGGAAGUAGCAGUACUGCGACUUCUGCUACUGCAGCGGCCACCCAAACCGGGGCCACAAUCAAGCCAAGUAUCGGGAAGUACGCGUAUUACGGAUGCCAAACCGAGGCCACAAAUAUCCGGGCGUUGAACGAAGCAUCAUACUACAAUUACACCUCCAUGACGCUCGAGAUGUGCGCAUCGGACUGUGGUGGGUAUGCCUACUGGGGAGUGGAAUAUGGGGGCGAAUGCUACUGCGGGAACAGUCUUAAUGCCGGAAGUACGAAUGCAACGGAGUCGGAUUGCUCGUUCUUGUGUCCAGGGGAUGAUUUGGAGUAUUGCGGGGCGGGGAACAGGCUGAGUACUUAUUAUUUAACGGAGUAAAGAUCACGAGUAACGAGGAGUGAAGCUGAUGUCGG